GGGCGCCAACACAGUCUUUCGUGCAAGGGGCUGGUGACUAGCUAGUGAAACAAAAGAAUAUUUAAUUUUGUAAAAACUAUAAUUGAACGAUAAUAAUAUUAAUAACUCUUCAACUUAACACCGUACAUUAAUUUUACGAGAACAUCAUGAGGUCGUACUUCGUAAUAGCGGCCAUCCUCUUCGCCGGCGUCAAUGCUCAGGAUAACUUCAAAUGUCCGGACGACUACGGGUUCUACCCUCACCAUAUUUCCUGCGAUAAAUACUGGAAGUGCGACAACGGAGUUGCGGAACUGAAGACGUGCGGAAACGGUCUCGCUUUUGACGCAUCCGACAGCAAAUUCUUGACCGAAAACUGCGACUAUCUACACAACGUUCAGUGCGGAGAGAGAACGCAACUCGAACCCGCAAUUAGCGCACCGCAUUGUACAAGACUUUACGGUAUAUUUGCCGACGAGAAGAAUUGCGACGUAUUCUGGAAUUGCUGGAACGGAGAAGCUUCGAGGUAUCAGUGCAGCCCUGGACUCGCGUACGAUCGCGAAGCUCGCGUUUGCAUGUGGGCCGAUCAGGUCCCCGAAUGCAGAACCGAGGAGGUUGCCGGAGGAUUCACCUGCCCAGCUGCCGGUGAAGUCAGCGGAGCUUCCGGAAGCUUUUCGAGGCACGCUCACCCAGAUGACUGUAGAAAAUACUACGUCUGCUUGGAAGGUAUUGCUAGGGAAUACGGAUGUCCGAUCGGUACCGUUUUCAAAAUUGGAGAUACCGACGGCAGCGGAGCUUGCGAAGAACCCUCAGACGUUCCCGGAUGUGAGGAUUACUACGGCGAUCUGGAUCUGGAGGGCAUCAAAAAGAGCGAACUUUUGUCCGGAUUGUCAAAUUCAGGAGAAUCUCGAAACACGCCGAAGAGCAAACCCAGGCCCAACGUCCCCGCCCCCGCCAGACCCUCCGCCCCCGCUAGGCCCUCCGCCCCAGUCGUCGAAUAAUUUAAUCAUUAACGAAACACACGUACGAUAUAAAAUCCACUUGUGAAAGUAUAGGAGGAAGAGUUGGGUCCACCGAAUGAAUCGUCGUAGAUUUCGAUGAUUUUUAUUUUUGUUUCACACUCUUAACUUAUGAAUCACACGUCGUCAAACUAUUGGCGAUGGAGCUGUUAUACCCCAUUUUGUAUAUCUUGUUUUGUUUCGGGACCCUUAUAUGCAUAACUUAAUUUUCGUCGAUAGAACUCUUACUUGAUGUAUAUCUAUUGCAGCCCAACAAAAAUCCCCGAGAGGAAACCCUGAACCCACCCCUGCUCACAUAUUUUUAAAUAAAAAGAAAAAAACAAAAUAAACAAAAAAAAUCUCAAAAAUUAA